GCACCAGAAGCAGCCGCAGUCGACUCUCGUUCAAGUGGGUUGCUCGUCGACGACCACUGCACCGACGACCCUCAUCGCGUCUCGAGUGUCCGAUCCGAAGACCGCGUUUCUCUCCGAUUCUCGACAGCUCUCGUCCGCGACCGUCGUGUAUGCGCGUUUAUUAUAACUAUUAUUAUUAUUACUAUUAAAUUAUCACUAGCUGUUACUGUGUAGUACGCAAACACCCGAAAACUCGAUAGAUUUACGCGAGUGUGUGUCACAAUAUCGUCUUUAAAACUAUUUUAUGUGUGUGAUAAGUAUCAUCGCUCACGGUGUUGAGAACUAUUUUUUUUUUUAAUAACAUUAUUAUAUAAACCGCGUGACCGUUUCCGCCCGCGACUGUUGGGCACGUGCGACUUCGCCCCGGUCUCUCGAUCCCGCGACAACGUAAUAAUAUCGUUUUAAUAUUUUUCGUAUAUAUUAUACGCUUAUUAGUUUACCGCAAGUGCGACCCGCGCAUAACAUUUGCACGCGAUCGCGCUCGCCAUGUCCGACAGCGAAAGCCCGAAACCCGCGGAAGAGGUUCUCAUGCACCACCACCAUCACCACCACCCGAGGAUACCGCCGUCGCUUCUCGCGUGGUGCCCGGCCAUCAUGCCGCCCUGGUGCUCGCUGCUGCCCGCCGCCUGGUGCAAUCCGGCAGCCCUCAGGUCCGCAUUCCCUGGGCUUUUGGAUAGUAUAAAAAUGCCGAGCAGUCAAACACGACCUUCAGGUUUCCACAUAUGCGACAUAUUGGACUUGAACGAUGGCAAAGUCAAUUCCACUGAUAACACGAACACACCACUGAGUUCCCAUAUCAACGCUCCCGACGUGCACAACGUAAGCACGGGCUUCCAGUUCCCUAGCGUUCUGCAAUCAUCUACCGAGCUGUUACACCAUUGGCCCACGUCACUCACCGAACUCCGAGGAUUCGGAAUGAACCAUCACGGUGCCCAGCAAGCUAGCCCAGACAGCACGUCUCCCGGUGUGACAGACCUGACGGACACGUCAAGCACGCCCAGCGGAUUGGCGGCCGACACUUCGAACGUGAACGCGAACGUCAGCGGGGGUGGCGGGCCUGGUUCCGUAACGGGCGCCGGCGCUAAGGACGAACCGUCCGAGGCGGACGGCGACGAUAUGGACGACGAUUUCGAGGAAGAGUCAGGCACCGGGGGCGGCGAACAGGACCGGUCCGGUUCGUCCGGCGCCGGCGGUCACCCAUCCGACGUCAGUGGCGGCGGUGGCGGAUCCGGUGCGGUGCACAAAAAACGCAAGCGUCGCGUCCUGUUCAGCAAGGCCCAGACGUACGAGCUGGAGCGCAGGUUCCGGCAACAGCGGUACCUGUCGGCUCCUGAACGCGAACACUUGGCCUCGAUUAUCCGGCUGACUCCUACGCAGGUGAAAAUCUGGUUCCAGAAUCACAGGUACAAGACGAAACGGGCGCAACAGGAGAAAGGCAUGCACGUGGACCAUCACGCGGCGGCCGCGGCCAACGCUCUGUCCUCGCCGAGGCGGGUCGCCGUGCCGGUUCUGGUCCGGGACGGCAAGCCGUGCACCAACCAGCAGCCCGGUGCCGGCGGCAAGGCCGAACAGAUGGUGUUGCCGUCGUACUCGCAUCCGCUGAUGCACGGCCAGACGCCCAGAACGUGGUGGUAGUUGUGCGACCACGACCGCGGUAUAAUAUUAUAGUGUGUGGUCAUCGCGACGGCCAGUAUUGUCUUCCUAUGUAAUAAAAAUAAUAAUAAUAAUAAUGAUAAUAAUAUAUGUACCUAACGUAUAAAUACGUAUAUAAUUUACCUGUCAAAAAAAUUUAAAAAAACGUUUAACUUCCGACCGCCGCGCCGUUAUGUAAUAAUUUAAUAUUAUUGUUAUGUAAAAUAUUCGAUUAUGUGAAUUCGACCUAGGUUUUCACGAUAUCCGAUGAGAAUAAAACAAAAAAAAUCUGGUUUACUCGAUAAAUCGUCCUAUAUAUAUUUAUAUUAUACUCGAAAUAUAUAUGAUGUACAUAUUAUAUACCUCAAUUAUAAUAAUAAAAAAAUAAUAAUUAUGAUUGUAAUAAUAAUAUUAUGUGGCAUUAAAGUGUUUAAAUAGAUUUUUUCGGUCCCUCGUCAGCGUGGUUUCGUUCGAAAGUUGACGAUCACACGCCGCGCUACGACUGUGUCCCCCUCCCUCGUUUUGAUAAAACAAUUAUGUAUUUAUAAGUAAUUAUAUUAUAUUAUUAUUAACGAUAUUUUAUCGAUCGGAAAUACAGUAGAUAGUAUAGCGUACGCAUGUAUAUUAAUAAUAUUAUUCGGAAGUAACUAAUACAUUUUAUAAAAAAAAAUGUCCAUUUGUAAAAAAAGUUUUAAAAAAAUUAGGCUAAUUGUAUUAUCAUUAAAUAUUAUUAUUUAUUUAUUUAUUUAUUUAUUAUUAUUAUUAUUAUAUUACUUAAAUAAGAGUUUAAAGAAACAAAAGACUAGUCAUUACGUGUAUUUUAUUUGUUUAUAUAUUUUUAUUGUUAGAACGUUAUAUUAUACGCACCGACGGGUUGCAUAUUGUAAUUUUUGUAAUUUGUAAGUUGUACAUAAAAGUAAAAUCGAAAAACAUAUUAUGUUUGUUGAAUAAUGUUAUUCGAAAUACGAGACAAAAUGUAUGACAAAUUUACUUGAUCAUUAUAUAGAUAAAUAAAUAAUUGUUACGAUAUAUAUAAUAUAA